CGGGGUCCUUCACUGAUGACGUCACUGGUGAUUUGGAAGAUGUUGUAGCUGAAACUUGAUACAAACUAUAAGAUUUAUUUAUCUUAAAUUAACAAUAAUAACAACAACAACACAUGUUUACAGAUGCGGGGCUCGUACUAUAAACCCCAGAAUGGAUCAAACUGCGCUUACACCAAACUAAAAGUUUCCGGUCAGACUAAAGCGGACUCUUACGGCCCGGACAUGCCUCAGAAACCCCCAAAGAGCGCCCAGACCACCCACUACAUCGAGCUGGGAGGCUACCAGUACUGGCCCGUUCUGGUUCCCCGAGGAAUCCGACUGUACACCUACGAGCAGAUCCCCGUGUUCCUGAGGGAGAACCCCUACAUCACCGACGGGUACAGAGCUUACCUGCCCUCCAGACUCUGCAUCAAGAGCCUGUUCAUCCUGUCCAAUGAGACGGUGAACAUCUGGAGCCAUCUGUUGGGUUUCCUGCUCUUCUUCUGUGUCGGAGUCUACAACAUGUCCUCGGUGCUGCCGGCCAUCGGAGCCUCCAAAGAGGACUACGUCAUCUACUCCAUCGGACUCUUCUGCUUCCAGCUGUGCAUGUUGUGUUCGGUGGGUUAUCACCUGUUCUGCUGCCACCGAUCGGAGAAGACGAGCCGCCGCUGGCUGGCGUUGGACUACGCCGGCGUCUCCAUCGGCAUCCUGGGCUGCUACGUCCCCGGAGUCUUCUACACCUUCUACUGCAACAACUACUGGCGGCAGGUGUACCUGGUGACGGUCCUGGCGAUGAUCCUGGCCGUCUUCUUCGCUCAGAUCCAUCCUCAUUACCUCAGCAAGCAGUGGAAGCAGCUGCGCUCGCUCAUCUUCUGCCUGGUGGCCGGAUACGGCCUCGUCCCCACCGUCCACUGGAUCUGCAUCACCGGAGGGUUCUCCUCAGAGCUCGUCCAGGCGUUCGUCCCUCGGGUCCUGGGGAUGUACUUCAUCGCUGUGCUAGCUCUCAUUUUCUACGUUUCAAAGGUCCCUGAACGCUACUUCCCAGGCCAGCUGAACUACCUGGGCUCCAGCCACCAGGUGUGGCACCUGCUGCUGGUGCUGAUGUUCUACUGGUGGCACCAGUCGUCAUGUUUCAUCAUGGCGUACCGACACAGCCAGCCCUGCCCCGACCACGCCCCCCACCACGCCUAGCCCCACACCACUCACCUGGCUGGACCAGCAGGUGAACAAACUGUGGACAGGUGGACUCCUUCUCACCUGGAGGGUUCUCAGUCUACCUGAGGAAGAAACACCAGACCAGGACCUGCAGGACCUGCAGGACCUGCAGGACCUGCAGGGACCUCCAGGACCUGCAAGACCUGGUCCAGUUUAUGUUUUUAGGAUCCAACAGGACCUUCUGAGUGAAAAAACUGGACCUAAAAAACAUAAACUGGACCAGGACCUGCAGGACCUCCUGGACCUGCAGGGACCUCCAGGACCUGCAGGACCUCCAGGACCUCCGGGGCCUCCAGGACCUCCAGGACCUGCAGGACCUGGUCCAGUUUAUGUUUUUAGGAUCCAACAGGACCUUCUGAGUGAAAAAACUGGACCUAAAAAACAUAAACUGGACCAGGACCUGCAGGACCUCCUGGAACUGCAGGACCUCCAGGACCUGCAGGACCUGCAGGGACCUCCAGGACCUCCAGGACCUGCAGGACCUGCAAGACCUCCAGGACCUGCAGGGACCUGUAGGACCUCCAGGACCUCCAGGACCUCCAGGACCUGCAGGACCUGGUCCAGUUUAUGUUUUUAGGCUCCAACAGGACCUUCUGAGUGAUUGUUGACAAACAGUCACUGCGGCUGAAACUAAUUUUUACAAUCAAAUCAUCAACAAACAAAAGAAACUGUGCAGAAAAACUACAAAAUCUCUUCUUGCGUAACUUUAAAAGCAGCUUUUGUCUGCAAAAAAAAAAACAAGAAAUCAACGUGUUUGGUUCAUCAAGUAGCAUUUUCUUUGUUUCUCUAAGUGCCUGUUAACGAAACACCAUGUAGUUAUUGUUAAAUAAUUAAAGUUUUGCUCCAAUAAUUCACAUAAUUCCCUUAUUUUAAGAAGGUUAUAAACCAGUAAAUGUAUUUUAUAUUCCCAUUUCAAGAACCUUAAAAGGGAAAAAGAUCAAACUAAGUGUUAUAACGACAGUUUUUACAGUCAACGUGCUGAGAUUUGCUCCAAUAAAUCAUCUCUGGUAGAUUAAUUUCACGUACAAACGAUUAAAAGCUGUUUUUGUGGUGAAACUGUGACAACAAGAACAAGCAAAAAACGAACCAGAACUAAAAUAUUUAGAUAGAAAACCAAAGAAGUGUUCAUCUCCAUCAGUUUUUUGUUGGUGUUUCUGUUUCUAACUGCUGAGAGAAACAGAAAAUAUUGUUUUAUUAUCAGGAUGGAGACAAAAAAUAAAUCAUGAACUGCAGAAGUUAAAGUUCCUGAUGCUCCACAACUGAAUGUUUCUCUUUUUAUUGUGUUUAUAAUCUGAUCUGCAGAGGAAAAGACUCAAAUAAAUCUUAAGUAUAAGUAUAAGUAAAUCAUAAGUUUUAUUCUCCCUUUACUUUAUUAUUUCAGGCCGUGGGGUGUAAUGCCACAGUUGAGCCUCUAGGAGCUGCUAGUGAGACUUUAAGGCCUUUAAACUGGGUUUAAACCAGUUCUACUUUUUAAUCUCUAACUGGUGAAUUAUGCUGACAGUGCAGAUUAUACAAAAACUACAUUAAUUUCCGGCUCAUUUAAAUACAAAAAUGCCUCUUUAACCCUUUGAUGCUCAAUAUAUAAACACCUUCUAAUGCACAUCAUUUUAAUAUCUUUUUAUUUAUUACAACAGAUCAUUAUAUCCAUUUUUCCUUUCAUACUUUAUGAAGAAAACUAGUUUUUGUAUUAUUACAUGGGUCAAAACUAUGUUUGUCUUAUUUUGAAGGUUUAACUUUAAAAGAGUUGUUGGAAAAUCAGAUAUUUUAACAUUUGAGACUUAUUAGAGCCACCAAAUAAUGAUUUCCAUUGGAAAAAACACCAGUUUAACAACAAAAUUGAUGCAAUUUCUGGUUUUGUUGUCUUAAUUUCAUACAUUUUUUUCAAGUUUGCCUCAUCAGAGUAGCAGUUUUUGAAACUUGGGUUAGAAAUUUCUUCACAGACACAAAAAAAGAAGAAAGUUUUAGUUAGUUCAGGCCACUUUUUGCAAUAAAUGAGAGACUUUUCUUGGGCCAAAAGUCACAUAUUUUAACAUUUGAGGCUUAUUAGAGCCACCAAAUAAUAAUUCACAUUGGAAAAAAACACCAAUUUAACAAACUAGGAUAGUUAAUAUUUGUGUCUUCUUUGUCAGGUUUUAAAUUGGUGACAACAUAUAAACACCUUGUGCAUUAGAAGAGUAGUGAUAAAAAAAGGGUUUUAUUCAAAAAGUAAGAAAUGAAAACAAGAAAUGAGCAUGCAUGAUGAUCAGAAACAAGUUAUUUGAGGAAAACCUGCAAUACUGAAUGAUGAAAUUAAUUUAUUGCAAAGAAAUAGAAGAUAAAAACUUGCAUGUUGAGCAUCAAAGGGUUAAACUGUGUCCCAGUUCUACAUUUUAAACUACUUUUAAACUGGUGAAUUAUGCUGACAGUGCAAAAACAAAAACUACAUUAAUUUCUGGCUCAUUAAAAAUACAACAAAGCCUCUUAAAAGUCGACUUUUCUGCAGAAGUCAGACAUAAAACUACACUUUGUCUUUCUACAAGCAUCAUGCAAAUACUGCAAAAAUUAUUAUAUUAUAUUCUACAAGUUAUUUAAAUGGUUUUUUUGGGGGUAUUUUGGUUGGUUUUUGCAUUUCAAGUGUGCUCAAUAUUUAUUCUACAUGCAGGCAUGUUACUUUAACUACUAAAUGAUUUUGAAAUCGGGACACAGUUUCGUUUUUUUUAAAGAUUCAAGCACUGAUUCUACAUUUCCGACAUGCUUUGUAACAUUUCUCUCAUUCAGAAGACUUUACUACUUUGCUUUUUCUCUCAUUGUUAGAUUAAUGUUUUUAAAAAAAGUGUUUUAUUUUUUGCUGCUCCAGCAGAAUAUUCUCUCGUCAAACAGUGUUUUAUUUUUUAGGCUCAACAACCCAACAACAGGACGUAUUUCUCUCCGGCUCGUUUUAAGGACAUGUGCAAUGUUUAAAAGUCGACUGUUAAAGGUUUUUAUAUUUUAAUGGCUUCAUUCCAAAAUAAAACACCCAAAAAAAACAUGGGAACUACAUCAGAAAAUGUGUUGAAGGAGGCAGGAAGCAGAAACUCCAAAAUAUAAGAAAAAUAAAAAGAAGAAAUGAACAAACGAGCCACUUUAGGUAAUAAAAAGCCGAGACCAAGUGGUCCAAACAUGUUGGAAUUGCUUGUUUGUUAACCUUUUAUUUUGAAGGGGCUUCCUUGUUUAUCCUGUUGGCUAGAAGUCAUUUAAUGCUCUGAAUUUCUAACAAUAUAAAUGUUUAAAGUGUCUCAGAUGUAACGGUUCUGUAAGUCUUAAAUCAUAAAUGGUAGCAGUUUCACUUUGACAUGUUUUGUUUUGUGAUAUUUAACGUUUCAGGACGGAGACGAGACGUUUUCUCCGCUGUUCUGAUCUCAGAUUCUGUGUGUUGUUGUUUAAAUUAUUCAUGAUGAAGCUGUAAACCACGUAGACAAGUCGAACUCGUUUUGUAGCAGACAAAGUUUUGUAUCUUUUGACUUUUCAUACGAUGGAAACUCUAAAUAAAGUUAAAACCGUGUACUGUUGAAAAAGAAAAGUGUCAUUAAUUAACAUCAACGCUGCACUGAGAUGACUUUUAUUUUAUUGCAUCAAACAGCAGAAUAGCAUGAUGAUAAAUACAGUAUCAGAUUCAUCCUGGUGGAAAAAAAAAAAACAAUACAAAGAACAGAUGAAAAGUAUGAAAAUCACACAGCAACCUGCAGGUUUAAUGGAUGUUUAA